GAUGCACUUGUUUCGAAAGAUAGUGGAAUGUCACCACGUGAUGCGGAAUCUCAGCAUGAAGAAGCGGGCCCAUCCAGGAAAACUGAGGAAGAAACAAAGAAGGAAUCGCUGACAGUGGGACUCGUUCAGGAGGCUGAGGAGGACACGGCCGUGAAUCUCGGAGCCCUGCUGGACGCCGGGGACGGCGCUGUGGUGACUCUGCUGGCUGGGGACACGCGGCUUGUGGCUCAUAGGGCUGUCUUGGCCGCCAGGAGUCCCGUGUUUGCGGACAUGCUCCGUCGCGUCACUGUAGAGGGCAGCAGCAGCCAGCUCGUACUCUCGGACACAGAGGGUCCUGUGCUGCGCCAGGUGCUGGCAUACCUCUACACCCUGCAGGUGCCGCAGCUGCCCAGCAUGGCCCCAAAGCUGCUGGUCGCCGCCGACGUAUACGGCCUGUCGGUACUGAAAGCGCACUGUGAGCAACAGGUGGUCGCCCAGCUGUCUGUCGAGACUGCGGCAGCUGCAGGUGUUAUCGCGAUUAGGCAUUCCGCCAACAGGCUGAAGCAGGCCGCCGUCGCCUUCAUAAAGGCCCACUUGCUCCAUGUGAUGGCGACGCAGGGCUGGGCUGAGGCUGUAGUCAACGACCCACAAACUGUUGUGGAGUUGGUUCACCUGAUUGCAGAGACACCGACAGACACCAGGUAA